GUUAAAUAAGACACAUAGUUUUUGGCUGCCAAGCAGCUCUCUUGCGUGGUCAAUCAUGGCUGAUCAAUCCAAAAUGUACCGCUGGGAUGGGUCGUUUGACUUCAAACGGCGGGAGGACUGGGAUUACAAGCAUUCGUACAGCUUCAUGGCCGGAUGGCUAGGUCAAGAUGAGGCCAAGGAAGCGCAGCGUCGAAAGAAGAAGAUAGGGACGGUAGAUGAACAAGCACCACCGCUUCCAAAGGACAAUAGCUUGGUCGAAACAAUCGAGAAGACUGCGAAGCACGUGCACAGGUCGAAUGACCCCACAGUCUUCGAACAUUUGAUUCAGGAGAAGAACAAAGGAAGAGCUGGAUGGGACUUCCUGCAGGAAGGAGGUGAAGGCCGUGAGUACUACCUCUUUUGCCGACAUUGUUGCGAACGAGAGGUUGAACCAAGACCACUGGCACUCCACGCUCGGAAAGUGAAGGAAGACCGCGAACUGAAGCAGGCCAAUGCAAAAGCCAAUGUGUUCACAGGAUAUCAAGGGACAGAAAUACCCAAGAAGACGGAAAAGGAUGCAAAAUUCCAAAUUGGAGAGUUGAUGGAAGUCAUUGGUGUCAAAAGCAAACCAGAUUACAACGGCAAAAUCGUUCGCGUGAUGAAGUUCUACCCCGAGGCCGAUAGGUACGAAGUCAAGUUCGAAGGCGGCCGCUAUGAUACGGUGGUUGUGAAGCUGAAAGAAGAAAAUUUGAUGUAUUCCGCCAUGCGGGAGAAAGAGGUUCAAGAGCGGAAGGAGAUGCCUGAGGGAGAAAUCCCAAAUGGGACCAAGGUUGAAAUCAGUGGCCUUCAAAGCGAUGCGGCCAAGUGGAUGAACGGUCAGAAGGCGAUUGUCGUUUGCUGGGACAAGGACACCGAGCGGUAUGAGGUUCGUUUGAGCAUCAACAAUGAUGUCAAGAAGGUGAAAGCAGCCAAUUUGAGACUAGAAGUUCCAGAAGGAUGGGAGGAGCACUGGGAUGAGCAUUUGGGUCGACACUACUACGUCAACAUGUCAACACAGAAGGUCACAUGGAAGCAUCCGACGGUGACCAACCAACGCGGGAAGUUCGGACAGGUGAGGGAGAAAUUGGAUGCCGACCUCGAAGAGGUGGAGCUGGACCAUGAGCGAAAGCACUACGAGGUCGAUGAUCAGGAAGAGAUGGAGGGCCAAUUCAACUUGCAAGCCUUGGUGAAGAAAGUUGAGGAGCAGGAGGAAAGAAGAGAAGCGGCAGAAGAAGCUGGUCAAGAUGUUGAUAGCGAUGAUGGGCUUCAUGAUAUGGCAAAGCCCAAGAAAAAGAAAGCAAAGAAAGAGAAGGUUUCACCUGAAUCCAUCGUGGAGAAGGCGUUGCUUUUGAUCGAGCACACCUUCGUGGCGCGCGAAUCCAUUAAGAAGGACUAUUCGCGCCUGGAUGGCAAUUUCGUUGCCCGGGACCUGGAUCCUGUCAUCCAAAGAUGGGAGGCUCUGGAGCGGAUUUCAGAGGCGCCAGAUGAGUUGUGCAAAGAAACCUUCGAAGUGAUGUUGGCUCUAAUACAACGAGGUGCAGAUCUUCUGAAAGAGUUAGUGGCCAAGCGAAUCCAAGCGAUACCGGCCUUCUCUUCGUGCCCGUUGGACGGGUGUUUCUGCCGAGUACUGUAUGUCCUGCUUAGGCUAUCGCAGAAUCGUUUGCAGCUCUCUGAGUUGAACAAGGUCUUGAAUCGCGUCACGACGAUUGAGAAGAGAGAGGAGCUCUACGAAGAUGCCAAAUGGGUGCACUCCUUCAUGAAGACUCUUUAAACGUCAACCUCAAGUGGUUUUCCUACCUCUCCAGAACGACCGUGGACGACUUCCGUGACGAAGAAGCUGCAAGAGAUGCAGUGGCACAGGUGGCCAAAGACAUGCCAUGCACAUUCGCCGCA